AUGCCCCGCGUCUCAAAACAUCGCCGUUCUAAUGGCGCUGCUACACCCCAGAAGAACUCGCCUCUGAAGAUCCCGUUGAACGAUGAUAUCGGGGAGAAGGCGGCCCGUAUCGGGGCCCGCCAGGCCCUACAUGACCGCCAGAUGGAUCAAAUUAAGGCCGCCGUGAAGACGCCCAUGCCGCCGCGCAGAUAUACAACCUAUGACCGAUCGAGCAUGAGUCCCGGCACACCCCAAGGCUCUGGUCACCGUAGUCGUGACAGCGAUGCUCACGGACGCCGAGGAGUUACCCCGAUGAAGCGUGUGCCAAUUUUGGCAAACUUUGAAGAGUGGAUGAAAAUGGCAACUGACAACAAAAUUAAUGCGACGAACUCGUGGAACUUCGCAUUGAUUGACUAUUUCCACGACAUGUCUCUCUUGAAGGAAGGGGACAGUGUGAACUUUCAGAAAGCUAGUUGCACAUUGGAUGGCUGCGUGAAGAUUUACACAAGUAGAGUUGACAGUGUAGCCACAGAAACUGGGAAACUUCUGAGUGGUUUGGCCGACAGUAGGGACAAGAAAGCACGCGAGGCUGAGGCCGAAGGGGAAGGGGCCGAAGACGAUGAAGACGGCGAAGAGGGCACUAGUAGAAAGUCUCGGAAAAAGCGUGGGCAUGAGGCAACACUCGCUCCGUCGUUUGCUUCACUACAGUUGAAAAAGUUCGAGUUGGAGUUCUCGGUUGACCCGCUGUUCAAGAAGGCAUCUGCGGAUUUUGACGAAGGCGGUGCUAAAGGCCUACUUCUCAACCACCUGGCAAUUGAUGGGCAUGGCCGUAUCGUAUUCGAUAGUAGUGAUGACGCCGUGGAGACUUCCAAGGAUACGGACGACACAAGAGCAGAGUCAGAGUUUCCCGAAGAUUCCGAACCCACGCCGCAACCACAAUCCACGGAACAGCCUCGCGAUGAUUCAUUCGAUGCGGGAGUGGAGAUAGAUAUUGCUCCCCUGGCCGGCAAAUUCUUCCCGGACCUCGAGCGACUUGAAGCGCAAGAUAUCUGCCCUUCCUUGAAAAAUUUCGACCUUGGUGACCCUACUGGCUCAUUAGAUAUCCCUCUCUUAAAGGCGCCCGAAGAAUGGCGACAUGACAAAGGAAACGAGGAGGGACACCCGUCAAAUGAAGCCUCUGGUAUUAUGCUAGAUGAUGAUAAUGCUGUCGGAUUUGAUGAUGAUGAUGCAAGCUUGGCUGGCUUCGAUCUCAGUGAUGAUGCUGGAUUUGGAGGAGGAGGAGAAGCAUGGGCUCGUGAAGCCGCCCUAGAGCCCAUGCUCAAGGUGCACCGCGUUGAUCUAGAAGGCGAGGAGCCUCGGGAUGGAGAAGAUCUCGACAACGAUGAUGCUUAUGCUAUAUCACUCAAUCAUCAGCCAGGCAGCCGGGACCACGAAAAUAUCCUCAGCUAUUUUGAUAACGCAUUGCAAAAGAAUUGGGCGGGACCCGAGCAUUGGAAGAUUCGACGAAUCAAGGAGAAUGCUGCUACGAAUGUCGCGAGUGCGGCGCCAAAACAACGAAAGGAAAAGGAACCUUUUGAGAUUGACUUUUCUGCACCCCUUGACCCGGCUGUGGCCGAAUUGAUCUACACUCCAGCAAGCUCCAACUCCACGAUAUCGCUCCCAAAGACACAAUGGAAAACAAAGGGCCGCAACCUACUUCCCGAUGAUAAACACUUCAACUCGCGGCAACUACUCCGUCUCUUCCUGAAGCCAAAAGCACGGAUGGGGUCGAGAAAGUUGACAGGGCCACGAAGCUUUAAUCAACGACGCCAGGAACAAACCUCCGGUAAUGGCGACAUGGAUGAGGCAUUCUGGGCCAACCACAAAACAGAGGAUACUGGUGAUGACGAGGCAGCCCCUGGGGCUUAUGAUGCCAACUUCUUCGCCGAUGAUGAUGGCCUUGCCUUCCCGAAUGGCCUAGGUAUGGGCGAUGAUGACGAUGACAACCUCCCAUUCGCGGAUGCCAGGGAGAUGUUGUCCCCUCCGCCCGGUGGGACUCUGGGCACAUCCGCCGAAGAAAAUGGCGGGGCCACAGGUAUUACAGCCUUACUGAAUAUGGUUGGCGCUACUCCUGGUGGUGGCUUCGGAUCGCAAUUAGUUACGCAGGGCGCUCGGAGAGCACGACCUGAUUAUGUUGCCUACGCGCGAGUCGCCAAGAAGGUUGAUGUUCGUCGACUCAAAACAGAGAUGUGGAAAGGUAUGGGUGAGAGACUAAUAUCCGCAAUGGACUCCGAUACUCAACCCGGCGAUGUGACCAACCCGCCGGAAGAACACCAUGGAACCGAUGACGAUGGCCCUCCAACCCCGACCCCGAUGCAUAAACGCCCAAGGCUGUCAUCGGACUUGGAAGAUCCCAAGAACAAUGGGCACUUACGUUUCACUCAAGUAAUGAACUCUCUCAAGUCUGUCUAUGCUCCCGAGACGCUGCGCGAUAUUAGUACAUCAUUUGGCUUCAUUUGCCUACUUCAUCUAGCCAACGAGCAAGGGCUCAUGCUGCAAAAUGACGAUGAGACGAGUGGUCUUGGGCUAGGCAAUUUAGAGGAGAUCUUCGUCACGAAGGAUGUAAAUGCUAUUCUCGACGAAGCGGCGGCCUGA